AUGGAGUUCUUGGAGCUUAAGCAGGGAAACAUGACUGUGGCUGAAUAUGCAGCCAAGUUUGAGGAGUUGGUGAGGUACUUUCCCCAUUAUCAAGGGAGAGAUGGUGAAAGUUCCAAGUGUGUAAAGUUUCUGAAUGGCUUACGACCUGAAGUGAAGCAAGCUGUGAAUUACCAAGGUGUUCGUCAGUUCCCACUUUUGGUUAAUAUGUGUCGGAUUUGGGAUGAAGACUCCCAAGAUAGGGCGACCUAUUAUAGGAGUACAGGUCCAAUGAGGAACAAAAAGAAUGGGCCUCAACAUCGGGUAAAACCAUACUCGACUCCUCCUAAGCAAUAUGGUAACCGCCAUGUCAGUCAGAGGACUGUUGCUAGGGGAUUUGCAGGUGGUAGUGGUAGCAAACCCAAUACUUUCCCCACUCAGAUCACAUGCUACAGAUGUAGAAAGCUAGGGCACAUCUCCUCAAAUUUCCCUGAUAAAGGCAUAACAUGUUUUAAUUGUAGACAAAAAAGGCAUUUUCAGAGAGAUUGUCCAGAUCCCAAGAGGGAGCAAAAUGGUGGGGGCCUAAAUGACCAAACUGGACAUCCAAAGGCCACUAGAAGAGUCUUUACCCUUAACGGUGUUGAAGCUUCAAAAUCCAAGGAUCUAAUCCAAGGUGAAUGUUUCAUAAAUGGAAUUCCUUUACUUGUGCUGUUUGAUUCUAGUGCAACCCAUUCUUUUAUAUCCUAUUCGUGUGUAGAGAAAAGUAAGCUUUUUGUAUCUUCUUUAAAUAAAAAUCUGAUUGUAGAAACCCCAACUAGUGGUUUUGUGUUAAAUUCUGAUGUGUGUUUAGACUGUCCUGUGGAAAUUUCUGGUAGAACAUUCUUGAUUGAUUUGAUUUGUUUGCCUUUGAGCCAGAUUGAAGUUAUUCUUGGUAUGGACUGGUUAUCUUCCAACCAUGUCUUGUUAAACUGUUUUGAUAAAACUGUGGCGUUUGAUGAUUCUGGAGGGAGUAAGGAUAUGAUGUUUAUCUUUGCCAACCAAGUUGUGACAUCUUUAAAAGAAGAUGCUCAAGUGUACAUGAUCUUGUAUAGCCUGGGAAUAGAGACAAAGGUUUCUAUGUGUGACCUCCCUGUUGUCAGAGAGUUUCCUGAAGUGUUUCCUGAGGAUAUAUCUGGUCUGCCACCUGAGAGAGAGAUAGAGUUUUCCAUAGAUCUGGUACCUGGUGCUGGACCCAUAUCCCUAGCCCCUUAUAGGAUGUCUCCUAUAGAGUUUGUCGAGCUUAAGAAAUAG